AACACGGCUGAGCCAUUUUGUACGGCCGUGACGGGCUAGUAUUCCCCCGCGACACCCAGCCCCCAACUCUUACCCCGUAACAUCAACACAAUAGACCGCGUCAUGAGCACUGCCUAGAUGGAACAGGCUGGCAAUAAGCUAUUUAUGUGUACCGUCACUGGAAUAGGCGCAACGUAGACGACUGCUUACACCAGUCCCGACACGCUCAAAUGGUAUUUGAUUCGCGGAAACAGGAAGCCUAGGGCCUCAAUUGGAAAGGCGCAGUCAAGCCAUGAGAUGCGGAUGUAAAGCUAGUGAUGGGCAUCCCAAAGACGGAUUCCUCGACAGCAUGUACAUCUACGUCGAUGCCCCCGUCUGGCGCUCAAUCUUAUAACACCCACAUCUAUUCGACCAGCCACGACCAGCAGACUUCCUUCUCAAACUCUACUUGAACCUACUCAGCUCUACCGCUUCUCACUACAAGCAUGGGCUACGACGAAGGAAAAGAAGUUGCCGCUCCUAGCGAACCCGAGCUCUACACUCCAGACCGGACGUCCCCGGAAGCAUAUACACCAGCAACAACAUCCCGCAUCGCAUACUCCGCCGACGACUACGCCGAUUCCGAAUCCCAAUAUGUCCCAACACCACUACACGCAACUUCUGCGCAUACCAUGUCACCCACCUCGUCCGAAGCCACCGCCGCACCCGGCGCUCCACGCCGCACAAAGUUCGCUCUGAUGACCCUGCACAUGCACGACCGCCUCCGCCUGCUCGACUUCCCCCCGGGCGAAACCUCGUUGGUGCGUGACACGAUCCUGUAUCACUGGCCGCCCGGCCUGAACGUGCAGCGCAUGCACGAAGGGAGUAUGGAGUUUGGUCUCCACGGUACACCGUGGAUUGCGCCGGGGAAGAACAGCAUCACGGUGCGACGCAUGAUGCGUGCUGUGCUAGCGGCAUUGUAUGAUCGCGGCUGGAUCCUCGACACGGCCGUCAAUGUCGGAAGACAACCGCAAGACAAGGACAGCUUGAUCUUCGCUUACCGACCGCAGGCCGCGCGUGUGGAGUGGAUGAGUGUCGCGUUUAGCUGUAAUGAUCGCGUGCGCAUUAUUGAUGGGCCGAGUGACUUUGUGAAAGGGGUGACGUAUGCGAUGAGUGUGUUGGGGUUGCGGAGUCAGGGGCUGUACAAGGAGGAUGCGAGAGUUUAUGAGUUGAGAUUCAAGGGGCUGCCGUGGCUGGCGGUUGGUCUGGACCAGGGCGUGAUGGCACAAACGAUUCUGCUGCGGUUGAUGUCAGAGUUGAAUGUAGGAGGUUGGUCGGUAUACGCUUCGAUCAAUCAAAAACAAGGCGCGAAUGGGUUUGCGAAGUCCGAUACGUGGCAUUGCAGCAGGCCCAUUGGCUGGGUCACGAACCCUCCAGCGUACCAAGUGUAGCAUUAGAUGGUGAUAACAAUACCAUAUCGUAUAAAUGCCCAGAAGAUUUUCAUUGUGAACGAUGGUGUUCUGGGAGAAAAUAUGCCUGAGAAAAGAUAUUAGAGGUCGAGCAAAGCUACC